GGUCGUCUUAUUUGCUGUCUGUGACAUCGGUCGGGUUCGAGGGCGGAAGAAGAGCCAGGGAGGAGAGAGGAGGGUGGAGGAAGAGGUGGGAAGACGAGAUGGUGCAAAGAUUGACGUACCGGAAGAGGCAUAGCUAUGCCACCAAAUCGAAUCAGACGAGGGUCGUCAAAACCCCAGGUGGGAGGCUUGUGUAUCAAUACGCGAACAAGAGGGCGAACGGGCCGAAAUGCCCUGUGACCGGCAAGAGGAUCCAAGGAAUACCUCAUCUAAGACCUGCUCAGUACAAGAGAUCCAGGUUGUCCAGAAACCGGAGGACUGUGAACCGCGCUUAUGGUGGUGUGUUAUCUGGUAGUGCUGUUAGAGAAAGGAUUAUUCGUGCAUUUCUAGUUGAAGAGCAGAAGAUUGUGAAGAAGGUUCUGAAGAUCCAAAAGGCUAAAGAAAAACAAGCUUCAAAGAGCUAGACAAGGCUGAGGAUAACAUGAAUGCUUUGGGUUAUAUUUGCCCAGGAGAAAUUUUUGACAUGAUAAUGGUUAUGGUGGAAGCUUGGUUAUAUUACUGGAUUUCAGGGGCUGAUCUUAUGUUUCUGUGGAUUUGUUUAGCACAAGUUCUUGGGACAUCAAACCCCUCUUUUUGUCCAUGAUUAUUUGCUGUGCUUGAGCCAUAUUUGCAUACUUGUAUUACUCAGCAAUAUUGUGUGAGAAAUCAAAUGUCUUGCUUUG